CUCCUUCCCAAUUCUGAUUGAAAAGAUUUGAUCGUGUACCAUUUGAAGCUCAUCUCCAUUUCACGAACCGGAGCUCCAAAAGCUCACAACAAUAGUAACCCUCUCCGGAGCUGUUCGUCACCCAAUUCUCUUCCUUUUUCGUGUUCGUUGAUUGAGACUUCUCUUCCCUCAAUUUUCGAUUAAAGGCAAGAGCUUUGAGGGUUUCAGAUUGGGGGAUUAAUUGGAGAAUUCAGUGUUGAGCUCUGUAAUGGAAUAAUGGAGAAUUCACAAACGUUGGUUCUGGAAAUUUUCUUUUAGGAUAACAAAGAUUCAGAGGUGUCCGUUUUUUGUUUCUUGAUGGCUGAGGAAAUAUCUAGCACAGUGAACCUGGAUUUGAAUCUUGGUCCUGACCCUGAGUUAGGUCUCCAGCCAGCAACGGAUUCUGCUAGAUCUGAUUGGGGCAAUGGCCCUGCUGGUGAAUUCGAAUUUCUGAGAAGGUUUAGAAGUCGGUACCGUUCACGUUUCAGAACGAUUGAUAUGCUUCCGGUUCUUUCUGAAACACAUAGCCCUGCGAUAGAAUUGAGUCAACUGUUGGUUACCUCUGCAAAUGGAGCUGCCUUACCAGCUGGUGAGGGACGCAUAGCUGGUGGAGAGGGAGUUAGUGAGGACUCGAAAAAGUGUGAGAAUGGGACCAAAGUGAUGGAAGCAGAUAAUGUAACAGAGGAGAAAAAGGAUGUUGAGAAGAGCGUUGGCAACGAGGGGAGCUUUUUCGAUUGUUAUAUAUGUUUGGAUUUGUCCAAGGAUCCAGUUGUCACCAAUUGUGGCCACCUUUACUGUUGGCCUUGCCUUUACCAAUGGCUACAGGUUUCAGAGGCUAAGGAAUGCCCGGUUUGCAAAGGGGAGAUAUCUGCGAAAACCAUGACUCCAAUCUUUGGACGUGGGAAACAUAAAAGAGAAUCUGAAGAGGUUUCAGAUACCAAGAUCCCUUCGAGACCCCAAGCGCGGCGUGUGGAGAGUUUGAGGAAUACACUUCACAGGUCACGUGAUUCACCAGCGGAGUUGCUGAGGCAUUUACAGGAUAGGUUCGGUAGGGAAGCUAGUACAGGAGAUAGACGCACCAGACCAUUUCUUAACCGGUUUAUGAGUUCGAGGGGAGUUAGAGCAGAGCAGAACCAGUCUAGUGUGGUUGCACCAUCAGAUGAUAUCAACGAAAUUGAUCUGAUCUCAAACAUUUCCCCUGAACCUGAAGGGGAAAACGAAAACCUGAGGUCCUCCCGUGGUUUGUCAAACCGGAGACAGUGGGCACAGAGAGCAGGGAGGAUGUCUUCUAUUACUUUGAGCUCUGCUGAAAGAUUAGUGGAUGCUUAUUUGUUAACACAUGCAUUGGGGAGGAACCAAGAGCAAAACAUCAAUACUCCUGUUGGAACUGAGGACAGGGACUCGUUCUCAAGCAUAGCAGGUGUAAUGAACUCGGAGAGUCAAGUUGAUACUGCGGCUGAGAUUGAUUCAAUGGUGACUGUUUCGACAUCUUCAUCAGUGAGAAGACAUGAAAACGGUACGAGAGUGUCUGAUGUUGACAGUGCAGAUUCUCGUCCAUUAAGGAGGAGAAGGAGAUUGGCUUAGAAGGUGAAGGAGAAGAAAGAGGAAGCUAGGAUGCUCUUAAGUUGAAAAGCUGCAAUUUUAUUGUUUUUUCUUUGAGAUUUUGGAUUUUGAUGAUUAUUUUUUUUAUGCUUAGGGGAUAAUAAUGAACCACAGAUUAAUAAUAGAUAAUAUCUAUUAGAUAUCAUUUGCUUACAUUCCGUUCGA